UCUACAGUAAUCACUACUCUCUUCCAUUCACUAAUACCCUUUUCUACUUUAUUAAUAAUUCAUUCUUGACCGGUUCAGAAUGUACUUCACCAAGGCUUCUCUCAUUUCUAUGGGCCUUUUGGCCAGCAGCCAGCUCGUGGCAGGCCACAGCGCAAUUGUCAAGGCAGUUGGUGAUCAGGGCGGCGCAGGAUCCGCCAUCGGCAUCGACCCCGCUACUCCUCGCGAUGGCACGAGGCGCAAUCCCUUCCAGCAAGAUGCUACCCGCUUCAAGAAUGCAGCCGCUGAUCAGUGCGGUGAGACCCUUGGUGGAGGAACCAACGACGUCCAGACCGGUACCCAGAAGGUCUUGGCCAUGAUGGGAGGAACCCUUCCUCAGGUCUCUGCCGGUGGCGAAAUCUCAAUGACUCUCCACCAAGUUAACUCCGAUGGCGCUGGUCCAUACACCUGCAUGAUCGAUGCCACCGGCACUGGCACACAGUGGACUGCCAUCCAGGUCACUCAGAAUGUCGAUGGCAACGCUCGUGGCAGGAACCCAGAUACCCAAGUCAUGGACUUGCCUCUCAAGGCCGCUAUCCCAGCUGACCAGACCUGCACUGGUACCGUUGCCGGCCAGAGCAACGUCUGCAUGGUCCGUUGCCAGAACCCAGCGCGUGCUGGUCCAUUCGGUGGAUGUGUCCCAGUUCAGAUGGCCGGUGCUGCAGGUGCUGCUGCCGGUGCCGCUGGUGCCGCUGGUGCCGCUACUGGAGCCGGCGCCACCACUGCUGGUAUGUAUCUUCUUUCCUAA